UAACCAUAUUUGAUCCGCCACAUCUUUUAAAGUGCACAAGAAAUCUGCUUAUGAAGCAUGAUAUUGAAAUAACUACAGAUGUUCAAUGCAACGAAAAGCCUAUAAAAGAUGAACUUCCAGCUGAAGCCAAUGCGACAGCCACUUUUGUGCAAAAAUUUGACGAGCUGUUUGAUGCUUUCAACGCAGACAGCCCGGACUUGAGGAGAGGAAAAAAAUACUCCACUAAUUUAACGAAGCGGACUCCCCAUUUAGAUUUAUUUAAAAAAAUGAAAAUGUUUAUUGCAAAUAUGCAAUAUAUAGGGAGUAAAUCGAACCCUCCAUCCCAAGAAGGGUGGAUUCAUUCGAUAAAUGCAAUAGAGAGAUUGUGGAAUAAUUUGCAGGCUAUAGGCAUUAAGAGUCUUUCCACACGUCGCCUAAAUCAAGAUCCCUUAGAAAACUGUUUCGGCUGCAUCAGAUAUAGCUGUGGAUCCAAUAAUAAUCCAACGAUUAGUCAAUUUAUAGCAGGAAUCAAAACUGCUAUAAUAUCCAAUUUAAAACAUGCUGGCCAAAAAAGGAACUGUGAAGACGACUCUGCAAUAAUUGCGAAUAAUUUAACAACUUUUUUAACGGCAACCAUCCCUUCUUCGUGUGAACCAAGCUCGUCUUCCUUUAAAUUUGACGACAAUGAAGAGAUUGCAAAUUUAUUAUCUGAUGCAGUUGAGGCAGUUGAGCAAGGGACAUCUGAAAGUCAGGCUUGUGGAUAUGUGUGUGGUUUCAUAUUUAAAAGAAUAAAACACAAUGACUGCCUAGAUUGCCGAAAGGCAUUUUUGUCCCAAAAUAUAGAAACCAUACACAUGUUCACAAGUUUCAAGGAGUAUGACUCAAGUCAUGAUUCAUUAAAUUAUGUUAAUAAAGAUAUGGUGACGUGUGUAGAAACGAUGGCAAAUAUAAUUAAUGAUUUCAUGAAAACAAAUGCCUAUAAGCAACAACUUAAAAUUAAUAUCCUUAAAGCUCUAGAAUGUGUAAAUUUUCUUUUCUUAAAUAAAUGUAUAGAUCAUUUAGAAUUAAAUGAAAAUCAUUUAAAAAUGAGCACAUUUUUUAUUCUAAUUAAAAGAUAUUGUGUUUUAGUUAAUAGAGCUAUGGAUGACGAAGAGAAAAAGAAAAGUUUUGAACGCAAAAUGAAAAUAUUAAAGAAUAAAUAAACUAUUAAUA